GGCAACUCAAGCAUGGGUCAAAUCUUUAAACUACUCCAUUGUAGAUGAUUGGAGGCAAUGACAUACAAAUGGCCAAGUUGCAAAACUACUUAUUCGGGAUAGCAGGUGGGAAACUUAUAGAGCGAAUUCGUUCAAUGGCAUUUAAUAAGGUUGUGCACCAAGAAAUCAGUUGGUUCGAUCAUCCUUCAAAUUCAUGUGGUGCAGUUAGUGCAAGGCUAGCUACUGAUGCUUCAACAGCGAGAAGUCUCGUCGGUGACAACUUAUCCCUCAUUGUGCAAAACAUAGCAAGAAUCACAACUGGUUUAGCUAUAGCAUUCACUGCUAAUUGGAUUCUGGCUUUUGUUAUUCUGGCUGUGUCACCCUUGUUGCUUCUACAAGGAUACCUUCAGACCAAGUUCGUAGAACGAUUCAGUGCAGAUGCAAAGGUGAAUUAUGAAGAGGCAAGUCAGGUGGCAAAUGAUGCUAUUGGUAGCAUUAGAACUGUUGCAUCAUUCUGUGCUGAGCCAAAGGUGGUGGAUAUGUACAAGAAGAAAUGUUCAGGGCCAGAAAAACAAGGUGUUCGUUUGGGGCUUUAUAGUGGUGUAGGACUAGGCUUCUCUUUUCUUGCUCUAUACUGCACAAAUGCUUUCUGUUUCUACGUAGGAUCGCUUCUUGUGCAAGACGGUAAAGCAACCUUUGAAGAAGUUUUCCAGGUUUUCUUUGCCUUAACAGUUACAGCAGUUGGUGUUUCCCAGAGUAGUGCCUUGGCUCCAGAUACUAACAAAGCCAAAGAUUCUGCAACUUCAAUAAUCAAAAUUCUUGAGACCAAAUCAGCGAUUGACUCCAGCAGUGAUGAGGGCAAAACACUAGACCUCAUAAAAGGUGAUAUUGAACUACAACAAGUCAGCUUUUGUUACCCAACAAGGCCUGACAUUCAAAUCUUCAAGGAUUUGUGUCUAAGCAUGCCAGCUGCAAAGACCGUUGCCUUGGUUGGGGAAAGUGGGAGUGGAAAAUCAACAGUGAUCAGCCUCAUAGAGAGAUUUUACAACCCUGAUUCUGGACGUGUACUACUUGAUGGAGUGGAUAUAAAAAACUUGAGACUGAGUUGGUUGAGGCAACAAAUGGGUUUGGUUGGUGAAGAGCCUAUUCUUUUCAAUGAAAGUAUUCGUGCCAACAUAGCUUAUAGUAAAGAGGGAGGUGCGACAGAGGAAGAGAUAGUUGCAGCAGCAGAAGCAGCAAAUGCACACAAGUUCAUAUGCUCUCUUCCACAUAGUUAUGACACCCCUGUGGGAGGACGAGGGACACAACUGUAAAGAGGACAAAAACAGCGCAUAGCCAUUGCAAGAGCCAUUCUGAAAGACCCCAAAAUCCUUUUGCUGGAUGGGGCAACCAGUGCACUUGAUGCAGAAUCUGAGUGUGUGGUUCAAGAGGCUCUUGAUAAAGUCAGUGUUAAUAGAACUACCGUUGUGGUAGCUCACCGUCUUCCAACAAUUAAAGGUGCUGACAUUAUAGCAGUCGUCAAAAAUGGGGUCAUUGCUGAGAAGGGGAACCAUGAAGCGUUGAUGAAGAUCGAUGGAGUUUAUGCUUCAUUGGUAUCUCUCCAUAUUAGUCAAUCAUAGUGUGAAGAAAAAUGCCAGUGCCAUGUACAUUACACGUCACUAGAUAGCAUCAAAUUUUGCAACUUCUUCACUUCUUUUUUUCUUAAAUGACUUGAAAAUUCAUUCUAAAGUCUUGUAAACACAUAUAAAGAUCAUUUCCCAGA